CCAUUAAACGUCACAUAAGAAGAAUAUACCUUAAUCAGCAGAUGGCGAUGUUGCCAACACAAACUUCCCGUAUAGACCUAAACAGAAAGAGCUCUCUCGUUCAUACAGUAGCACCAUCAUGUAUCGCUGAUCGAGUCAAUGCUACAGGAGAGACAUCCUAAAACGAGCUGUUCUGUUUCCAAAGGUGAUCUUUAAAAUGGCGGGCGAAGAGGAGAGGGGGGUUGUUCGAGUUAAAGUCAAGAAAUGUGAUGGAGCACUUCCUGUGGAGUUUCGCUCAUUUGCUGUUGAUCCUCAGAUAACAUCUCUGGAGGUGCUGCAGCAUAUCCUCAUCAGAGCCUUUAAUCUAAAUGGGAAGCAGAAUUUCAGUGUUAGUUACCUGUCUCGAGAUCGGAGCGGCGUUGAAAUGUACCUGUCUCUCCUAUCUGACUGGGAUUUGGAUGUUGCAUUUAUGAGUGCUGCCAAACCGUUCCUGCAGCUCAAGAUGGAUGUGAAGCCUUCUGAGGAAAGUCCAGUAAUGGAGGACUGGGACAUCAUAAGUCCCAAAGAUGUGAUUGGUUCAGAGCUGCUGCUUGCAGAAAGGACAAGGUCUUUGGCAUCUGCAGCACUUCCCUUUACCCAGUCUCUGCUGUCCCAGGUGGGACGAACCCUUUCCCGGGUUCAGCAGGCCUUCACCUGGUCUUACGGUGAGGAGAUCAAGCCUUUCAAACCUCCACUGAGUGACUCUGAGUUUCACAGCUACCUUAACGGGCAAGGUCAGCUGACACGGCCUGAAGAACUCCGGCUGCGCAUCUACCAUGGUGGGGUGGAGCCAUCACUGCGAAAGGUGGUUUGGCGGUACCUCCUGAAUGUUUAUCCUGAUGGACUGACAGGUCAGGAGAGAAUGGACUACAUGAAGAAGAAGACAAGGGAAUACGAUCAGCUGAAGAAGGAAUGGACCGCCCGGGUCAGCCAUGAGGACCUGGAAUUUAUCCGUGGGAAUGUUCUAAAAGACGUCCUGAGGACAGACCGGGCUCAUCCAUACUAUGCAGGCUCAGAAGACAGUCCACAUCUAACUGCCCUCACAGAUCUACUCACCACAUUUGCCAUCACACAUCCUCAGAUAUCUUACUGCCAGGGCAUGAGUGACAUUGCAUCACCUAUACUUGCCGUAAUGGACAAUGAAGCACAUAGCUUCAUUUGUUUUUGUGGCAUUAUGAAACGCUUGGAGGGGAACUUUCGGCCUGAUGGGCAGCUCAUGUCUAUAAAGUUCCAGCACCUGAAGCUGCUUCUCCAGUACUCCGAUUCAGAGUUCUACAAUUAUCUGGUGUCCCGUGGAGCCGAUGACCUUUUUUUCUGUUAUCGAUGGCUUCUGCUGGAGCUCAAGCGAGAGUUUGCAUUUGAUGAUGCUUUGAGGAUGCUGGAGGUAACUUGGAGCUCCCUGCCCCCAGAUCCCCCAGAAACUGAAGUUGAGCUUCUGGGGCCACUGCUAGACGGAGACGAAACAACAUUGUGCAAAGACAAGUCUUUGGUUAACUGCCUCAAAGAUGAUGAGGUACAAAAAGAGAAGCAGCGUAGACGACAUAUGCUCAGACCAUCAAGAGAGGAACCAGAUAUCGGAAGAAACCCCAUCCCUGAAGAGAAAGGCCAUCACACUGUAGGUUCUGGUAUAGAAAUGGAGGCAAAUGAAUAUGAUCAUUCCAAAGAAAUCACAGCCAAGUCAGAUUUGCAGGGCUACUUCUAUCAGAGACAGAGCAGCUUUGGAGAGUUUAAAUACUACACAGCCAGAAGCGAAGGCAGCUUUGACACAGAGAAUGCAGAGCAUCCACAAGUUUCAGUCACUCUGGAAGCAAAGAACCCGAGGCGGCAGUCAACAGUUUACAGUGAGGAUGACCCUGGGGAAAGAACACCUCUUAUUAAAAACUCUGACUAUGAUUUACCUGCAGUCUCGCCGAGUGUGCAUCCCUGUAAAACUGGCUCAUCUGGCUCUUCCACAUCUUCAUUUUCAAACUCCAGCUGGCCAGAAGUUACUCUAGACUUUCCUCCAUCUGGAGCCAACAGAAAUGAAACUUCGCCAGGAACUGGCUCAGAGUUAUUACCUUCUUCAAGAAAGGAUCUUGGCUCUCCAGCAGCUGCUUGUGAGAAAACAGCAGUUAAUUCUCCAUCUUACACUCAGAACAGAUCCCAGCUCUCUUCACCCAUUCUGCCUUUUGGCGAAAGCUCCUCAUUAUCAGGGAACAGGUCCCCAGCUAUUAACCUGCCUUCGCCUGGCAACAAAUCCCCCAGCACCAAAGCUAACACACCCAGCUCUUUAAAAUCUGAAAGCACCAGCAUAAAACCAUGCUCUUUGCCUCCUCCUGAUGAAUUUGGCAAAGGGAAUCCCUUCAUGCUGUUCUUGUGCCUGUCUAUCUUGCUGGAACACCGGGACCAUAUCAUUAAGAACAACAUGGACUAUAACGAGAUAGCCAUGCACUUUGAUCGCCUAGUGCGACGGCACAACCUUAGCAGGGUGCUGCAGAGAGCCAAGACCUUGUUUGCAGACUAUUUACAAAGCGAGGUCUGGGACUCUGAAGAGGGGGGCGAGGUUAGCUCAGACUCCCCAACAACAGCUGCUCCCCAAACCUCCUCUUCAACCAUCUCUGCCAGGACCAUUUACAGCCCGCUGGCCUCGCCCCCAUCAUCGCCAAACUCAACUUAUAACCUGACCAGCACCAUUCCUAACCCUUCAAAACAAGUCUCCCUUCCUCCCGUAUCGUGAUCCUAUCCCGUGUCCGUGGAUCUUGACUGGAUCCCUGAAUAGACUCCCUUAUACUCUUAUUUAUUUAUUUUUUUUGUUGACCUGUAGAUCUUUUUUUACACAGCCUCCCUAUUAAGCUGGUCUUAUAUUUUUUACGGAAUGUGUCAUCACUGUAUUCCUGUUUAAUCUCUGAUCUAUCCAAACUGUGGGCUUUGACAGGUGUUAUUGAGGUCUGUUUCUUAUAGGUUAUGUGUAUUCUGGAACUGUGGUGAUUUGCUUUCUGCAUUCAGGCUCUGGAUUAAUCUUUGUUCACAAGAUCACUGUAAGCAUCAGCCCUGAAAAUAAGUCAAUUUCAAGAGAGAGAAUAUUCAAAAUCUGGUUUUAAUAAAUAGCAUAUUAGUUUCUCUUAAACAAAUUUUUGAUAUCUUAUAUCUCAGUGUUGAUACUUAUCCAAACCACUGUAUUGUUGGAUUUAAUACCAUCCACCAAGAAAUCCAUCUAGCCCAUCUGAUAUUGCUAAAUCAUUGUUAGUUAUACUAUUCUAAAUGUGUUCAUAUAUUAAGGCUUCAAGACAUGCAAUUUUAUGAAAAUUAACAGCAUGGCUUUUAAGGUUGCUGUAAUUAAACCUCUGCUUAAGAAA